GUAGGAUCGGAUCCUGUUCUUCCUAUCUCGAUCCCAAUCCAUGAUCUCAAAUACGACUAAUACAAUGAAUAUUGUUUUCAAAAAUAAAAUUGUAUCUACUAUCGAAAUUGGGAUCUUGAGAACCUUGGUGUAAACCCCACCUAGAUUCUUGUAUUAAAUUAGGGUGUGCAACCAGUGGCUACAAUCGAUGAUAAGGUCGGUCUCACUUUCAAACAAGAACGCAUUGAGGGUCCUCCACAAUGUCAGGGUUUACAUUAGAAAAAUGGGUUUCUCAAGGCAUAGACUCCUAUAAGCUCAUAAAAGCUUAGAGAUGCUCUAUUCCUUGGUUCCUCCACACCACAUCUCCCAUUGCUGUUUCCUCACUAACCCCAUCAAGCUUCUCCAUUCAUCAGAUCGCCCUCACUUUCGUCUUCGUCUCUCCAACAAGAGAAUUCCCCCAUCCCAGUUCUCCACCGGCAUCUUUUAUUCCCUCUCCGCCAUAGACAGCCGAGACGAAGAGCAGGACAACAAGGAAAAUCAUCAAAAUCGAGACCUAGACGACUACGACGAUGGUGAUAGGGCGUUCUUGAAUCGAUUUUACGAUUCCCCUCCCAUCUAUCUCAAUGGCACACGGCGGAAGAACGAUAGAAGAUUGAUCAUCGGAAACGAAAUCAGAGAAAAUACAGAUAGAAUUAGGGGUGAAUCGAGUACAGGAAAUUUCGCAAACAUGUGGUGGGCAGACCUAAAAGCAGCAGUAGGGCAGAGAAUCAACGUCGAGGGACUGCUUUUUUCAGUAUCGGUAAUAACUAGAAACAAGCAGUGGGUGAUGCCUCAUGUAUCAGUCCCUGAUAUAAGAUACAUUGAUUGGGAUGCCUUAAGAAGAAAGGGGUUCGAAGGCGUUGUCUUUGAUAAGGACAAUACUCUUACUGCUCCUUACUCUUUAGCUCUAUGGGGGCCUCUUGCAUCGUCUGUGGAGUCCUGUAAAUCUGUUUUUGGCAACAACAUUGCAGUUUUCAGCAACUCUGCUGGACUUCAGGAGUAUGACCCUGAUGGCAGGAAGGCUAGAGCACUUGAGUAUGUCAUUGGGAUUCGAGUAAUUAGACAUAAGAUGAAAAAGCCAGCUGGCUCAGCUGAAGAAAUCGAGAGGCACUUUGGAUGUGAUUCAUCAAAACUGAUAAUGGUGGGUGAUCGUCCUUUCACAGAUAUUGUUUAUGGAAACAGAAAUGGUUUUCUUACAAUAUUAACAGCACCAUUAAGCCUUGCAGAGGAGCCUUUCAUUGUUAAGCAGGUGAGGAAAAUUGAAUUGGCUCUUGUGAAGCGGUGGCUGAGGAAGGGUUUAAAACCAGCCAAUCAGAGGCUUCUUUCUGAUGCUUCAGAUUGUGUUAAAGAGUUACCACCUGUGUAAGGAAUGUAAUGUAGUAGAUUAUGAGGAAUAUAAGCCAUUUUAUUUGGCUAUGAUUCUUUUUGUUGCAAUAUUAUUUAUGAAUGAAAGAAACCAUAUGCUUUGUUCGUGUGGAAUCUUUCCAAGUGUACUUGUAGAUUCAUCGGAGUAAUGGGUUUGAGUAAUAGGGAUCUCUUCUUUCUGAAACUUGAAGAGAUAAUAUAACAUUGCUUUAAUUUAAGUGCAAACAUACAAAUUUUGUAAAAGAAAGAAAUGAAAGGAUA